AUGCAAGAAAAAAACAAAAUUCCUUUUUUAGAAAAACCAAAUAUAGAAGAAAUAAAUAAUAAUAUAAAAGAAAGUGGAUUAGUAUUAUGCUUAUCACUUAAUGAAAAGGAGUCAGUAUCUCUUAUAUCUCCAUCUAAUUAUUAUAUAUAUGUUCAAAGAUAUAUGUAUUUAUCAAAUAUAAUUCCAAAAUGCCUAGAAUAUUUUAAGUCAUUUAUUUUACCUUUUUACGGUAAUAAAUGCGGUGUUUAUUUUGAGUGUUUUAAAAAUAAAAAAGAAAAUUUAGAUGAUGAUUCAAAUAAUGAAAAUAGAGAAAACAAAAAUGAAAGAAUCAUUCUUGAUUGGAGAUUACCUAUAGGUGUAUUAUUCGAUAUUUAUUGUGAUAUUGAAAGUGAAAAUACUUAUAUAAAUGAAAAAAAACAAAAUUUGAAAUUCUGUUCUAGUAAUGAAUUAUUUAACGAUUACGUAAAUAUUAUAAAAGUUCCAUACAAAGAAAUAAAUAAUUCUAAUAACAUAAUAAUAAAAGAAACUAAUGAUACAAAUGAAAAUAAUUAUACAUUAAAUAAAGAUGCAACGAAAGACUCAAUUAAUUACAAUUCAGAAGUAGAAUUCAAUAAUGAAAUAGACAUUGACUUAAAUAAUGAUAAUAUAAAGGAUUUGUCUAUUUCUAAAAAUAUGAUUCAAGCAGCUGUAGAAGAUACAAGAGAGGUAGAUGAAUUAAAAAAAAAAUAUAAUGAAAACAUAUGCAAUGAUAAAAUAAAAAAUGAUAAUCAUAAAAUUAGAGAAAAAGCAAUGGGGAUAAAUGUUAUGAAAAAGUGUAAUGAAAUGAACUAUAAAUCAAAAGAGGAAUUUUCUCCAAAACAUGUUUUUAAUAAUACACAAGAGAAUAGUCUAGAAUUUGAUAAGAAUUUUUCCAGUAAAAUAAGAGAUGAUAUAUCGGAAUACGAUAAGGAUUAUGAAAAUAAAGAAAAUAAUAAAAAGAUAUAUGAAAAAAAUAUGUACUUUAAAAAUGAUUCAAGAUAUUAUAAAUUAAUUAUGAGAAAAGAAAUAAAUAAUGAAUGGUAUGAAAAACAAUUUUUAAGUAUAUCAAAUAAAAAUAUCCCAUGGAAAUUAAUAGUUCAUUUCAAAGGAGAGGAGGACUAUCCUUAUUAUGAUUCUAAUAAAAAUGAUAAAAAAGGCUAUAAUGGAAACAUAAAUGUUCUAUCAUACAAUAGUUGUAUACCUCUAUAUAGGGGAUUUAGUGAUUUUGAAGAACACAUAAUAAAUCAAUUAAAAAAAGCAAGCUAUAUAUUUAGCAAAAGUAACAGAUUAUUACAAAUGCUACCACAACAAAUUGAAAAAAAAAUUUUAUGUAAUUUGAAAAAUUUUAAUGUUGAAAAUAUUUGUUCAUUAUAUAGAGAAUAUAUUGAUUACAAUAUGAUUAAAUUUAUAGAUUAUUUUAAUAAUGAAUUCAUUGAGAAAAUAAAUUAUUUUUUUGUAUGUACUAAAAGUAUAGAAAAUAAUCCAAAUAAAGAAAAUAAGGAGAGAGAAGAGACUAAUAUAAAGGGUGAGAAAUAUGAUAACUAUACUUUCAACAAAAAAUUGGGAUUUUCUGAUGAAAUUGAGGAGAAUAUUAAAAAUGAAAAUGAAUAUAUAUUAAACAAAAAUGAUUGUAAUAAUGAAAAUAGGUCAACAAUAAAUAAUGAUGUAUCUAAUCAAACAAAUGAUUCUAAAGAUUUUUACCUUUCUGACAAUAAUAUGAUAAAAAAUACUAUUAUAAAUAGUUGCAUAAAUAAUGCAAAUGGUAAUAAUUAUUCUAAUAUUAAUUUUUCAGUUAAUACUUAUAAUAAUGGUCUACAUAUUGAAAAGAAAUAUAAACAAAAUAAUGAUAAUUUAGUAUUUACAAAUAUAAAUAAAGAAAAUAGUAAUUGUAGAAAAAGUAAUUCCUCUUUUUCACAUGGAAAUUAUAGUAAAGAAAAAUGUAUUACACAUGAAAUUCUGAAAGAUGAAAAACUAGUUAAAGAAGUUCCUAUAAUUAUACAUAUAUACGGUCCUCCAUAUAAUCAGAUAAUAACAAAAUUUCCAUUAUUUAAAAUAAUUUAUUCAGAAAAAAAUAAAAAUGUCAUUGAAGAAUUUUUUUUGUACACAUUAGGAGAUUUUUUACAUGAAAUGUUUCCUUCGUUUUUUAGAAAAAUAAAAAAAGAAAAAAAAAAAAAUUUAGAAGAUAAAGUUGAUAUAGAAAAUAAAGAAAUUGGAGAUAAAAUAAAAAUAAGAGAAUUUUAUAAUGAAAACGUUAAGUUAAAUAUAGAUGAAAAAAAAAAGGAAAAAUAUAUAAAUAACCCAAAAAAUAUGUAUGACAUAUAUUUAAAUAGUGAAACUAUAUUCUAUUUUGAAGAAGAUUAUUAUUUAAUUUUUAGUGAUUAUAUGUUUAUAAUGAUAAAUGGAAUACAAAUACCUUUAAAAACACCACUAUAUUGGCUUACAACCAAUUUUGCUCAAUUUGAUAAUUUCCUCCAUAUUAUUCUCCGUAUACCUUCAUAUUAA